CACUUAGACUCAGCCGCACUUUUUACAACACUGCAUUUGGGCAACGCCACAACUUGCGCAGCACUUCCUCUUCCACCGCCGAGCGGCAGUUCAGUCCCCGAGAAAGGGCAGAGAGAAGAGUGCGGGAAAGGACUUCUUGCAUCCGCAGCAUCAUUCUGUGCCGCCAGCAAUGGAAAGGCAGGUCAUAUUUUGCCCAAAGUGGCACAGUGCGCUCUGGUUUUUGCUUUUGAUGAUGCUCUGUUUCUCUCAUGCCGCCAAGGCUGAGAUAACUUGCAGGUCAUGCCAGCCUGGAAAUAAGUGGCGUGCACAGGAAUUACUGCUGAAAUUCGACACGAGUGAUCCCGCAACAGGAUUAAAGGGAGAAGUUUUUGGACGCGGAGACGGAGCAGGGAGCUCCGGGGCUGCAAGUGCCGAAAGUCGGCGGCUCAGUUGCGCAGCUGGGUCCGCUGAAUGCGCUCCAGAGAUUCGGGCGGAAUACACUGAGCCGAGGCUGAAACGGAAUACAGACAACCUGCACGCAAACAGCGAACCCGGUGAGAGCGAGUUUGCAAAGAUGAAAGUUUCUCGGGUCAAAAUGAGCGGCAAUGGCGCAGGUUUUACCACCAGGACCAGAAAGCGCGCCAGGAGGAACAGUGAUGAUAAAGUCAGAACCCCCGGUUCAGCCCAGAGUCAAGACCCGGGAGAGGGCAGGAGCUCGGCGGCUGGACGCAGAGUGACGCGCUCUGAGUUGCGCUGGAGCGGAGAGGAGCGGAGAGCCGCCGGUCCGAGGCAGGAGGAGCUAAAACUUAACAGUUCAACGUUCGCCUUAACCGGGGACUCAUCUCACAACCAGGCUAUGGUGCACUGGUCCGGGCAGAACAGCAGCGUGAUCUUGAUGCUGACCAAACUAUUUGACUUCAACCUCAACAGUGUGACUGAGAGUUCAUUAUGGAGGUCAACUGACUACGGAGCAACGUACCAGAAGCUGAAUGACAAAGUGGGAGCAAAGACAAUACUCAGUUAUUUGUACGUGAGCCCGAACAACAAGAGAAAGAUCAUGCUGCUAACUGAUCCAGAGGUGGAGAGCAGUCUACUGAUCAGCUCUGAUGAGGGAGCUACCUACCAGAAGUACCGGCUGAACUUUUACAUCCUCAGCCUACUGUUCCACCCCGAGCAGGAGGACUGGAUUCUGGCCUACAGUCACGACCAAAAGCUCUACAGCUCGGUGGAGUUUGGGAGGAGGUGGCAACUGGUGCAUGAGAGAGUGGCUCCCAAUCGCUUCUACUGGUCGAAAAUGGGUUUGGACAAAGAGCCGGGCUUAAUUCACCUGGAAACCAGUAUCUCUGAAGGACAGGCACUGUAUGUCACCUGCAAGCUGCAGAACUGCACAGACGCCAACAAGGGCAAACCAUUCCCCGGCUACAUUGACCCCAAUUCUCUGGUGGUGCAAGAUGAGUAUGUGUUUGUCCAGGUGUCAACGGCAGGGAGGCCAAUCUACUAUGUGUCUGCUAAAAGAGAUGUCUUUACACCCAUGAAGCUACCCAAGUAUACCCUGCCCAAGGACCUGCAUGUGAUCAGUACAGAUGAAAACCGUGUGGUUGCAGCUGUACAGGAGUGGAACCAGAAUGAAACCUACAACCUGUACGUGUCGGACACAUCAGGGGUCUACUACACCCUGGCUCUGGAGAACGUGGUCAGCAGCAUGGGCCCCGAGGGCAACGUCAUGGUCGACCUCUAUGAGGUAGCGGGAAUAAAGGGGAUGUUCCUUGCCAACAAAAAGACGGAUAACCAAGUGAAGACUCACAUCACCUACAACAGAGGCAGAGACUGGCGGUUACUGCAGGCCCCGAGCAAAGACCUUAGGGGCAACAGCAUUCACUGUGUGCUUCCGUACUGUUCAUUACAUCUCCAUCUCCACGUGUCUGCAAAUCCCUACACAUCUGGAAACAUAGCCAGCAGGGACUCAGCGCCGGGUAUCAUUGUCGCAUCAGGCUCCAUUGGCUCAGAGCUGGCCACCAGCAACGUCAGUGUGUUUAUCACCUCGGACGCAGGAAACGCAUGGAGACAGAUCUUCGACGAGGAGUAUGCGGUGCUGUAUAGACUCUCAUCAUGACGAUAUUCGGCCAUGUCAGUCAUCGCUCAGAGUGGCAGCUGGUGAAAAUAGACUUCAGGUCCAUCUUCAACAGGAGGUGUACAGAGGCGGAUUAUCAGACAUGGCACCUUCACAACCAGUGAUUACGGCUAUGAGAGACGGACCAACGGCAAGUGCGCCCCCGCCUUCUGGUUCCAUCCAUCAUCCAUGUCCAGGAGCUGCACCACAGGGAUGACUUUCCUUAACAGCACUGGCUACAGAAAAGUGGUGUCUAAUAACUGUACAGCUGGAGUCAGCGUGGAGUACACAGCCAGGAGGCAGCAGUGUCCUAUCCAAGCACCCAAAGGUCUUCACCUGGUCACCAGCGAGGGCACACUGACAGCCACACUGGGCACUAAUGUCACCUUCCUGGUCUUUCUGGAGGAGGGUGACGGGGCAAGGACAAGCAUUACACUGGACUUCGGAGACGGCCACGCUCUGACCUACUCCAAUGUGAGCUCCAUUGAGGACGGGAUCAAACACGUCUACAAAGCUGUGGGGAUCUACCGGGUGACCGCCACCGGGGAGAACAGCCUCGGUUCAGAGACUGUCGUGCUCUACUUGCAUGUAACAUGUCAGCUGGAGUAUAUCCAUCUCUCAGCUCCCUUUGUGGCGGUGAGGAAUAAGGAAGUGAACCUGACUGCUGUUCUGUGGCCCAGCCAAGUGGGAACGGUCACCUACAUCUGGUGGAUCGGAAAUAACACAGAGGCCACAGGCGUGAGAGAGGACCAGCUCCUGGUCACCGUCCUCCCAGGUUUACCUACAGCAGCAGAGUUUUUCCUUCUCCCUGACAAACAGUUAACAGAAGGGAAACCGGAGAAGAACUCUGCUCAUUUAGAUCAGCUUUCUGAGGUUUUGCUCAGUGCCUUAAACCAAAACCUUGUCCAGUUCACGUUGCGGCCGGGGGUCCAAGUCACUGUGUACGCGGCACACCUAUCAGCAGCGCCCCUAGUGGACACCAGCGAGAACCACAGUGGCUCUGCCAUGCUAAUGCUGCUAUCAGUAGUAGUUGUGGGUUUAGCUGUAUUUGUCAUCUACAAAUUCAAGAGGAAGAUCCCAGGCCUCAACGUCUAUGCGCAGAUGCAGAACGAAAAAGAACAAGAAAUGAUGAGUCCAGCUAAUCCAACAGAGGCCACGCCCAGCUCACAGCGGGACAUGGUGCAUUCUUUGGAGAUUCUGGACACAGAGUUCAACUCACGGCCCAUCGAAGUGAAAUGAUCUGGUCGAGUGGGGAACGAGAGCUAAGCAAACAUGAGUAUGAUAAAGAAGUACAGCUGCUUCUCAAUAGUACAAUAACAUUAAUCACCUGAAAAGGUAGAUGGGUGACAAAUGAGAAAAAUCAUAAGCCUCUAGAUCUAUAGACAUAUAUACAUAGACGCCACAUUGGCCGUCGGAUUGUCAAUGUUGCCGCCAUAUUGGAAACAAAUGCAUGUAAACGAGGGAGCUGAAAUUUUUCUGGAUAAAAAGCACUACAAUGUUCACGUUUCUCAACUGAUUUUUAUUGAGUUUAUGAUAAACAUAGAGUGUAAUUGUUUUUUUGUCCCAAGUUAUCUAGAUUCCCAAUAGUUAAUAGGCUAUGCUGCCCUACAAAGACAAACCGUAGUAACUACAAUUUUGGUCAAAAUUGAGUUAUGAAAAAAUUAACUUUUAAAUGUCUGCUUUAUUUUGUGACAACUUUAGUUGUCACUGUGUUAAAUAUGCAGUAACUACAUAACCCAACCAAAAACCAAGACAAACUGCAGUCAGUGCAGUUACUGCGCUCUCCUUCGGUUUCUCAGUGCUUUGGCUGCAGUUACUGUGGCUAAUAAUAGUUUAGAUACUACUGUGCUUGUUUCUUUGGGUUUUUUCUGUAAUUUGUCACCCAUCUGUAUAUUCUGAUAUAUUUAACUGUGAUGGCCUAACAUAAUGUCUGUUGUUACCCCGACUCUUUUUUCAGGGGUAGAGAAUUUCUGCUAGAUUUCCGUGGCUCUUUGAAUGUGAAAUUUCAGUGAUUAACACUGCUACCUGUUGUCAUUAACACAUACUCACAUGUUGUGUUCAGUUCCAAUUUCCUUUAAAGUCAGACUAUGUAAAUUGUGGUCUUGGUCUAGUAUGGCCGCGUUAUUAUGGAUCUCACUGCUUAUCUUGGCAUGACAGGCCCUACAAAUCAUUCAAGGGCCAGGAUUGGCCAAGCUUUCUGCUAAAAAGGCCUGCUAACUUAUUGUGAAAGAGUUUAUAUGGACCCAAAAGUUGUUGCCUAAACAUAGCCAAACUUUGACUAAAAACUGAAGAUCAGUUAACAAAGAUAAUAAUACAAGUAAGUCUAAAAACUGUCUCAUGGGAGAGUAAAACCAGAUAUGUCCUGUGAUUAACCCAUUCAUCCACCAUUACUUCCUAGCUUGGAUUUUGUUAUAAAAAUAUAAUAGUAUAGAUACGAUAAAGCUUUUUUUUUGUUGCUUUCUUUAUGUCACCUGAUAAGCAAAGGCACCUAGCAAAUCAUAGCGCAUGAAUGCUACUCAGGGUGUAUCCUGGCAACAAAAGCAGUGGGAUUCAUAAUUAGACAGUGUGGCCAGUAGAUUAUGGUGGCUAAGGUUAGGUUGUUUGGGUAGAUAUUGCUGUGUAACUUACUUAGUAGUAGUAGUAGUAGUAGUAGUAGUAGUAGUAGUAGUAGUAGUACAUUACUGAGUGAGUUCACUGACUUGUGCUACCAAGUCUUAGUAUUUGCCAUUAUCUUGUAGAUUAAUUUUCUUGUGGCCACAGUGGUUGUUAAAAAACUUUACAUAGUCUGACUUCAACAGCUGCUUUUGCGUUUUUCUAUGUUCUUUCUCAUCCAAUUUCAAAUUUAUUCCAUAUUUAUAUUUUCUAUAAUAAAACACAAUCAGUAAACUGCAGUCAUUUAAACGUAGACUUUAAAGCUACACUAAUCAAUAUUUGUAGUAAUAAACCCACAAAGAAUUAUCACCAACUCUGUUUUUAUUGUUAUCAGGCAGCAGACAGACAAUGUUAGCAGCUAGCUGGUUAACACAGAAAACAGAACAUAAAGGAGUUGGUGAGGACUAAAACAGAAAUUAAAGUAGAGUGACUAUUAGAAUAUUGAUUAUUCAUCAGGUGACCAAAAACACAGCUCCAAAUGAAUGCUAAUGUUGCUCAUGUCAUUUGAGUUUGUAAAUAACUGACAAUUCACCAGCCAAAAAUAUUUUUUAACCACCAUAAGUGCAUCUUGUAUUAUUUGACUAUUACCUCAAGUGUCAACCAUUCUGACCCUUUUAAGCUUCAUACUUAAGCCAGGAUCUUGACGCUCCUGCAUCGUUCAGCUCUCCUCAUCUUCAUGUUUUCU